AUUUAUUUGAACUUGUUACAGAUAUGGCGAGCAUAAUACUGAUAGCUUGCCUAGCUAUACUCGGCUUAAUUAUUGCGAUAGCCCUAUUUUUGGCCGGUGGAUAUCUGUGGUGGCGGCACAAAAGGUCACAGCUGCAGUUUAUUGAACCCAAUGAAGACGAGGAAUCAAGUAGCUACAGCUUGAGAGCUGCUCAGGACAUUUUAGAAUCUGGGAAUCCGCCUAGUAAGCCUCAAGUGCCCGUUGCCCAGGCAAUUACGAAUCCUCUACAAAAUAACAUUAAUCGAAAAUUGAAUGGAUUUUUAAACCUGCGAACGCCUCUCAUUGGGAGCGGCCCAGCAGCGACACCAGCAAAAUCGAAUACUUCCACAGGAGCAACUGCAAAUGAUGGAACAUCUAAAGAUGGAGCGGUGUGUAUCCUAUAU